GAGCGGGAGCCGAGCGGAGCCGAGGGGGAGCCGAGCGGGAGCCGAGCGCGUUGGCGGCGAGCGAUCGGCAGCCCCGCGGCCCUGCAGCCCACAGCCAGGCCCGGGGCCAUGCGGCACGAAGCGCCCGUGCAGAUGGCGUCUGCCCAAGAUUCCCGGUUCGGCCAAAAAGACGCAUCAGACCAGAACUUCGACUACAUGUUCAAGUUGCUCAUCAUCGGCAACAGCAGCGUGGGGAAGACCUCUUUUCUGUUUCGCUACGCAGAUGACUCCUUCACGUCGGCAUUUGUCAGCACCGUGGGCAUCGAUUUCAAGGUCAAGACGGUCUUCAAGAAUGAGAAGAGAAUCAAGCUCCAGAUCUGGGACACGGCUGGGCAGGAGAGAUACAGAACGAUCACUACGGCCUAUUACCGCGGCGCCAUGGGCUUCAUCCUAAUGUACGACAUCACCAAUGAGGAGUCGUUCAAUGCCGUGCAGGACUGGUCAACACAGAUCAAGACAUACUCGUGGGACAAUGCGCAAGUCAUCCUGGCCGGCAACAAGUGCGACAUGGAAGAGGAGCGGGUGGUCUCUUCCGACCGUGGCCGGCGCCUGGGCGAGCAGCUGGGGUUUGAGUUUUUUGAAACAAGCGCCAAGGACAACAUCAACGUCAAGCAGACUUUCGAGCGCCUGGUGGACAUCAUCUGCGACAAGAUGUCCGAGAGCGUGGAGGCCGACCCCGCCAUCGCUGCUGCCGCCGGCGCUGGGAAGCAGAGCACGAGACUAAAGGACGUCCCUCCCCCGCAGCCUUCCAGCUGCGGCUGCUAAUGGCCCUGGCCGCUCCCCCCGCUCCCCGCCCCGCCCCCAGUCCUCUCCAAACAGCAUCUGUGAAUGGUCCAGCAGCCUGUUUUGUUGAUCUACCCCAUUGUUUGUCCACCUCUGGCCAGCUGCAUCCAUGCCUCUGUCAGCGUACGAAGAUUCGUGACCUUGGAUUCAUCCAGUGCCCGGCGGUGGGCACGUGCGGGUCAGCAGUUUUCUUUCAGUCUCUCUUCCGUUCAUUCAUUCAUUCAAUCGUAUUUAUUGAGCGCUUACUAUGUGCAGAGCACUGUACUAAGCGUGCUUCAGUUCUUCUGCCCCGUUGUGUGUGCCACCGGUCCGGUGGGUGCCAGGGCCUCCACAGAGCACUCCUGGCCUAGUCCGCUCUGGCUUCAACGUCCUCAGGUCCUAUUCACGUGGCCGACCUCUCCCAGGCCUCAAGGAAUCCUGGGACAGUAAGGCUUUCCAGAUGCUCCACUUGCUUCCCUCGACGCUGAAGGCCGAUUCCCAGAUGCCUCCGGUGUGACCAGCCUGUUUCCCCUCCAGGACUUGAACUGACCCCUCAGGAAGGCCAAAGUCACUUCUCACUCAGCAUGUGACUCGGUGUUGGGAAACCAAUUUCACACGUCAACAGAAGGUGCAGCAGGAGGAAGAGAAUUCUUUCCUGAGGGACCAACAACAGGCAGCCAGAAAAGGAAAACCACGUCUGGCGUCCCACUGGCACCGGGGUUUAGAGGAAGCUCUGGUGAGGAAGUUCUGUGGAGGAAGGUCUGCAGAGGGAGCGAUGGAACGCCUGGCAUGUGCCAGCCACCCGACCGGGUCUCGGACAGCCAAGCUCUCGGUCCGCCCCAGCAGAUGCUUGUUCAUGUGGGAUGGAUUCUCUGGAGCUGGUCCCUCUGGGGUUUUCGCCAUCUGAACCCCCCCCACCCCCUCCAGGAGUAUGUUGAGGUUCUACCUGGGAAGAGCUCGCCGAGUCAUUCUGUGUCACGCCAGAGACGCUGGACUUUUCCCUUUCCCCGACCGGAAGGAGAACGGGCUGUGUUCCAGAGGAGUCUCUCGGGAAGAGGACUAAGCCACCGAUGGGGCCGGAGACGCGGUCGUGGAAAUACAUUCCCAAAUCAUUCUGGGUGGGAGUGGAGCACCGGAGGGAGAGCUGUCACUGGUUUUUAGACCAGAUUCAUGUCUCACUUUG